UUUUACGAAUAAUAUUUGGCACCUUGAGCCUGAACUGUCAGUCUGGAAUAGUAUAUAUAUUUUGUAGUGAAAUAUGUCAGAGGUGCCGACGGUUCCCAGUAAGCCACCGCUGCCAUGCGGGGGCGAACUCAAGCCAAAUCCCAUCUACAAAAAAUUAAUGGUAGAGAAUCUAACCAUUAUCCGGCCGCCGAUCCUGAAGAUCUACUACUGGGAGAGCUUCGGCAUAACGGGCUUAGCCUGAACAAGAAGUUGCGCUCGAAUCGCGCCGAACACGAGCACACCAUUGUGAUACCCAUCCGUCAGAUCCACAGUCAACCCCUGAAGGUCGUGUUCUGGCUUCGUAACCUCGCGUCCACCGAGACCACCCUGACCCUGAAGCGAAUCCAGAACUGCCAAUGUCAGCCGCUAAGGACACAGGUUGGCUUCAACCAGUAUCGACACCUCUUCAACUGUCCACACCGCAGGCUGCUCCACAUUAACCAGGAGAUAAUGGUCAUCAAGCCCGACGAAGUGGUGGCCCUGACUACCACGGCCUACUUCUUCCUGUACGGCGAACAUCUGCUCACCUACGAAGUUAACACCGACGACAAGCGCAAGUUCCUGUGGCACUUUCACCUGGAGAUUUCCGACUUUCAUCCAGAAAAGUGCCUGCUCACCACAGAGCUCUUGCCUGUGAACAUAAAAAACUUCUAUCACACCACCCAGCCCAUUUGGGUGCAGAACAUUACCAUGUCGCAUCUGUCCUUCUCGUUUUCAUCGAGGGACCGGGGCCUGAAGCUGCUCAACAUGAAUCUCACAGUGCCGCGACAGAGUGUGUGGCCCCUGCUGGUGGACUAUCGGCCCCUGGACUACGAGAAUGAGGCUGAGGUCUUCCUGACCUACAACAACUCCAAGGCCCGCUACAAGAUUAAAGCUCGUGGCGUGAUGACCGACAGCAAUGAGGAGACCGAUAUGCCCCUGAAGGAUCGCGAGUGCAACGACUUCAUGUAUGUCAUCUAUCCCAACCGCGUGAAUGUCGAGGCCGGGCUGCGGGAGGAGCGGACGCAGCUGGUCAAUGUCCACAACUACAGUCAGAAGUGCCUGGAGUUUCGCUGGCAGAGCUACAUUAUCAAUGAGUUCUUCUCGGUGGUCUUCAAUCCGCCCAUCUUCCGCCUCAAGAGCCACCACUCGAAGCUGUGCGUGAUCUCGGUGACGCUGCUCGAGCGUCUGGUGCACUUUCGGCGCAUUCCCAUCGUGCUAGAGGUGCACCGCAUCCUUGACCGCGCCACCGUGAUCGCCAAACAGGAGCUGUCAGAGAUCGAAUCGAUCGACGACCCCAAAUGGAAAGAGGAGAGCUACUUGGAGCACGUCUACCUGCAGCUAAACAUCCGCACCACCAUUAAGCCCGCUUCGGACACAUCCGAGGACGUAGAGCCAGGCGAUACGAUCGAUCCCACAGCAGGACCUUCUCCCUGUGCCCAGUUUGGACCAGGAGUUGAAGCAGAUGAAGCCGAUGAAGCAGGAGUUGGGCCACCAAAGCCGCCGUCGACUGCGGAGCAGCGUGCUGAGGCGGAACGCAGGGAGCUUAUCCGCCGGCUGAUGUCCAAAAACCGACUCUGCUCCAACGAGAUCAUAGACCUGAGCAUGGCCAUUGACCAGCGAAUCACCAUCUUCGAGAAGCUGUUCUGGAAGUACCUCAGCAAGUCCAAGUUUAUGCGCAUCAAUCAGGAGCGGAAGCGGCAGAGGACGGUGAAGACCUACGAGCAGGUGGUGAAUCCUGAUGAAGAUGUGCCAGGGGAACCGGUCACGGAGGUCGAUCGGAACAACAUCAUGGAAAUCCUGUCACGGCUGUUGCAGGAGGCCAUCAACGACUUGGCCAAGAACUGGGUCUUCAUCCCGUCCCAGUAUUACGAGCGCAACACUUAAGAGUUCCCCAGAGUUAAACAAAUACAUUGCAAUCCUUUCA